CACCAUUUUCCUUUUUAUCCCUAGCUAGCCUCCGUGAAAUGCGUGAAAUGUUCUCGAGACGACGAAUAUCUGUCUCUUUCUCCUCUACUCAAUCACUCAGCCCUAUUCAAGAAGAGCCUGAAGAACCCAAGGACUACGAGCGAGCCUUCGAGUCAGACGAUGAGCUAGAAUCUGAUAAUAGCGAAGUUCCUGUACGAGUAGCUCCAACUUCAUCAACACAUACGACACCAGAGAAUCCAGAGAAUGACAGUUUCUUCCAUGCGCUUCAGUCCCGACUUCUGGAAGAGGAGGCAAGAAAAAGACGCUCAGGGUUUCGUACCUCCUGGAUUCGUCGGUCAUCUACUGCUCGCUCAUUUUCUCGGACCUCGUUCCAUUUAUCGACUCCAGGUGUGAAUAUCAUAUGCACUUCCUCUUCGUCAAAAGGCUCGGACUCGGAUUUCUUCUUCUCACCGGGAUCAGAAGGCAAAUCGACACCCACGGCCCUUUCUAUCCAACAGCUAGAACGUAAUUUGAAGCGACGACGCGAAGAAUCUCUUGCAGACAUCCCUAGCUCAAAGAGGAUUCGAAGUGACAGCAGCAGGUACUCCAACUUUUCAGAUGAAAAAAAUACUCCGCUUCGAGCUCUGAAGCGCUCUCGUUCUGGACGACAUGAAGACUUGUUCUCUCCGAAGAAAAAGGCCCGACUAAUUCACCGGUCAUACUCAGCCUCUCAACCAGCAAGUCUACGACGUGCACAGUCACUCCGAACCGAAGUCUCAUCUUCUUCUCCAUCAACCAGCUCAAGCUCGAGCUCGAGCACAUAUAUGCGCAUUAUCACAGCAACUGGUACCUUUCGCAUUCCCCGCCUCGGACAGUCACCCACAAAUGCUGACUGGAUACCGACUGCUCCAUCAUCGCCUGAACCUGCACCUACAAGGCGGAAGAACAAUCAUUUACACCUACCACCGGAAUUUUUUCUUCCUAUGAAGCCUGCCUUGCCGAAGGAUCCUGUCCCUAUUAUCGCGCCGCCAUCAAAUCAUGUAGCGGUUCCUGCUUUGUCGUCCGAUGCCCGAGCUAAGCGUCGGUUGCAGCUGUACGUUUUGCGGGAGCGCCAGUGUCAUCAGUCAUGGGAAUUAGGAUGCCAGAAAGAAAUCUCUACACUCGACGAUUGGGAAAAGGCUAUUGGUAUAGGCCAAAACUUUCGGCGGGAAGUUCUGGAAUGGAUUCUCGAGGUCACCUUGCGACACCGUGAGGGUGAGGAUCUACAUGACCAACUUACGACCGUCUCGACUUCAAGAGAGACCCGAUUUCAUGCCGCGUACUUGUUCCUUCUCUUUUUCUUCCGUUCCAGUGGGACGGAAGGAAAAGAAUGGGACGGUUUCGAAGAUAUGGUAUGGGAUAUGGCAGUCGGUGCCAUUGCCGUUAGCGUUAAAUACCAUCGGGACUUCCUCCCACCCCUUCUUCCUGUAUAUGCUUCCAGCUUCCAAGCCCUCGCGCCCCACGAGAUGGGGUUUGAGGAAUUGGAGGAUGCUCAAACUGACCUUCUAUCUGCUCUUGACUAUGUGCUCGGUGGGACGCCAGUUGGUGUUCUCGAUGACUUGUGGGAAGCACUGCCUUCGCUACGCGAUUUAUUCCAUUCGGAUCUGGACGAUGAUAAGGAGUGGGACUUUGUGUUGCGAGAGACCUGGAGGUCAUUAAUGAUAUGUAUACUAGGUCCAUUCUUUCCCAUCCCUGCCCCUCCUAUGGCACUGCUGACGUUCCCAUCUAUGUAGAGCCUGACAUCCUGCGCUAUACAAUAUCUCUGCUGUCAGCGGCUUCAUUAAGCGAGGCCAUUUUGGAUGUUCUGUUUCAUCGGAAGGUCGUAGACGAACGCAAUCGUGACAAAUAUAAUAAUCAGUGGCAUGGCAUACGAGAAGAUGCUGAAGAGG